AUGUUGCCGCAAAACGAGCCCAAGGUUUCUGUUCCGCGCCAAGCAUCGACCGGGACGACAUCAACAGCUUCAAUGGCGUCGCCGAGUGAAGACGAUGUCUUCGAAAGGCUGAAGAACAGGACGGAUAUCAAUGAACAGAAGCGACGACAGGAUGAGCUCAAUGCGCGCCUGUAUGCACAGCAGCAGCGGUCACAGGAGAGACUGGUGGAGGUGAUCAGCGAAAACACCUCGCUGCCAGUAACCAUCUCCUCGGUCCGCAUCCUCCACGCCAACCGCACGAGACGAAGUUUCCUCGAGCGGGUAGUCGAGCCCAUCCUGAGCGCAAACCGCGAUGAUCAAUAUACUCUGGAAGAGGCCUUGAAAGAGGUCAGCCUGGCAACAGACAAGCUGAACCGCUUCGGUAUCUUCAAGUCGCCCAUCUCUGUCUACCUCGACAGACCGGAUCCCACAAACGUUACAUCGUCUCCCACCGACCUAGAUGUCUACAUCUCUGCAUACGAGCGCGGCAACUACACCAUCAAGACGGGCACAGAAGCAGGCGCCUCGGAAGCCGACGCCUACGUCCACGCCGAACUACGCAAUGUCUUCGGAGGCGCUGAGACAAUCAACGCCCAUGGCUCCCUCGGCACAAGAACCCGCUCCGCCUACUCGCUCGCCUUCGACAGUCCCAUACUAAGCAACCCCGAUCUCAAGGCCCAAGUCAACGGUUUCGCCAGUUCCACUCUCAAGAGCUGGGCAAGCCACGAAGAAGUCCUCAAGGGCGGCAACUCAAAACUUCUAUGGCGAUCAAAGACGGGCCAUCAGCACGAACUCGGCUACUCAGGCAUAUGGCGACAAAUCACCAGCUUGGCUGAAAACGCAUCCCCUACCAUCCGCGCCGAUGCAGGCGAUUCCUUCAAGUCCAGCAUUACGCAUACCUGGAUCAACGACAAGCGCGACUAUCCCCUCCUCCCAAACAAGGGCUACCUCAUGAAGACCGUCUCUGAACUGGCAGGCUACGGGCCCUUGAGCGGGGACGUGGCCUUUUUCAAAUCCGAAGCAGAAUCCCAAGUCGCCCUCCCCUUUGGCAACACGGGCAUCACCUUUACCGCUGGUCUGCGCGGCGGCCUGCUCUACCCACUUACCCUCCCCGGCAGUGCCGCACCAGCCGCCUCCCGCAUCAACGACCGCUUCCAACUCGGCGGGCCCAACAGCGUCCGCGGAUUCCGUCUUGCAGGCCUGGGACCCCACGACGGCCCCGACGCAGUGGGCGGCGACGUCUACGCCGCAGGUGGCGCCAGCCUUCUCUUUCCCAUCCCUCGCGUCGGCAAGGAAACACCGCUCCGUCUCCAAGCAUUUAUCAACGGCGGCCGGCUCCUCGCACUCCAGGGCCAGGGCGCCAAGACCGAUGCCUCGUCCUCGUCGUUUGCCAGCUCGGCAGACGUCUACUCGAGCUUGCAGAAGACAUUUCAUGAUCUCAAGGCGGAGCUGCCUAGUGCGGCCGCAGGAUUCGGUAUCGUGUAUGCCCACCCGAUUGCGCGGUUUGAGAUCAACUUUUCCUUGCCGUUGGUCAUGAGGGCCAAGGAGGAAGGCAGGAAGGGCUUGAGCUUUGGGGUCGGCAUUGAGUUUUUGUAG